UGGAUCACGCUCGAUUAAUCGAUAGAUCAUCGUGACCGUGCAGGCAAGGUGAUCUAAAGAUCUUAAAAUCUUGUGCCCCGAUCUUCGAGUGUAUCCUUUGCUAUCGCCUUGUAAGAGAGAAAGAGAGAGAGAGAGAGAGAGAGAGAGAGAGAGAGAGAGAGAGAGAGAGAGAGAGAGAGAGAGAGAAGAAUAAGAAUGAGAGAGAAAAAGAAAGAUAAUUAGCCCUUCAACCCUUUUUCCUCUCCAGUAUGCGUUUUGUUGGCGAGACUACGUUUCGAUCGAGAGAUAAAAAGAAGAGAAAAAAAUAUUGUUAUUAUUAUUUUUCUUUUUUUUUGUUCGUUUCAUGAGAGGGAUUAUCAAAGAGAAUGAACGUAGAGUUUUGAUAAGUAAAGAUAUAUACGCUCUCUUGAAAGACGCUACAAUGCUUAGAAACUCAACCACUACUCGACUACCGCAGCGUUAUAACAAUUAUGUAGAUGGGAAAAGAAAAAUCGUAUGAGUGUGUUUGCGCAACGAUAUGAAUGAUGUCAAUCUUGCGGAUGUAAGAGUAUUUGUGCGUACGAGUAGUAUAUACGAGUUAUAUGUCAGAAAGAAACGAGGAAAAGAUAGUGAGAGAGAGAGCGAGCGAGAGUGAGAGAAAGAGAGAGAGAGAGAGAGAAAGAGAGAGAAAGAGAAUAAGUGAGAGAGAGAGAGAGAGAGAGAGAGAGAGAGAGAGAGCGAGAGCGAGAUAGAGAAAGAAAGCGAGAAAGAAAAAUAGAGAGAGAGAGAGUAUAUGUGCUAUGCGUGUGUAUGUGUGUGUGUAUAUGUGUGUGUGUAUGUGUGUGAGAGAGAGAAAGAGAGAGAGAGAGAGAGAGAGAGAGAGAGAGAGAGAGAGAGAGAGUGCGCGCGCGUCUGUGUAUGCGUGGGAGAGGAGAGAAAAAAUUUAUGUUGUGAUAUGCAGGUAGUGAAUAUAUUAUAUACAUACUAUUAUUAAAAUUAUAUUAUAUAUAUAUAUAUAAAUAUAUAUAUGAUGGUAUGAGACACGUUGACACGUAAUUAAACUCUCAUACGAAUAGACUUUAUUAUCAUGAAUUUAAAGUAAUAUUAUGACGCCACUUGAGAGUUUAGUAUUCUGAAUAAGAUUACCAAGGAACGAGGUAACCGAGAUAACAAAAAAAAAAUGAAAAAAAAAUGAAAAAGAAAACAAACAAAAAAAAGAAAAAGAAAAAUGAAGAAUGAAAAGAGAAAAAACACACAUUGGAUCUCUAAUGAUAGUUAUGAUAAAAUAAAAACUCAAAUAUAUUUCCUGUUAGCCCCCUUCUUGUCCUCCCUCCGAACCUCUCUUUGUCUCCCUUGCUUCCCCCUCCUCAUAUCUUUGUCUCCUUUUCUCCCUCGAAGCUCCCUCUUCUUCGUGUACUUUGCCCCCGUCCAUUAUUACGAAUCGGACCUAAAAUCACCGGAUGAACGGCACCCAACCUACACAACCCCUCCCUCCCUCCUAUUCCUCCAGUCGUGUCAGACUGGCGGACGCAUUAAAGUAUUGAUUAUUAUAGUUAGGUCCAACCAAAUCAUUAUAUGUUGUAACAAACCUAUUCUAUGCAUAUUCUACUAUAAAGAAGCGAUAAAAAAAAAAAAACUGUACCCUACUAUGACUUUCCAAUGCAUAACAUGUGUAUAUAUAUAUAUGAUGUUCUUAUAUAGUGAAAUUCAUCAAAAUUAACAUUUGUAAAGUUAUUUUAUUUAUUUUCUCUUAAAGCUCCAACCGAUCACGUUUAUAGCUAAGGCAAAUGGUAUUCGCUAAGCUCAUAAACCUGAACAACAUAACAUUAAAAGUUCUGUUUUACAGAGAUACACUCCGGAUAUUUUCGUCGAGAGAUAUAUUCGCUCGAAUACCUACGUAAUAGUUAAGACGUUGAUUAUUAAUACGUGUAAUUUAUACAUUUUAAGUAAUCGCCGAUCGUUUCUAACGACUCCGUUUUGUUCUCGUGUUCUCUAUAAAAUAUCAAAAUUAUAUGAAAAACGUAAAUGACGUUUUAAAAACUAUGUACAAAAAUAUACUGGUUUAUGAGAAUGGGCCAGCAGAUUUUUCGUUAUAGCGAUGCGAUUAUUUUUGCUAUUUUUUUUUCCUGGGGAUGAAACGUUCAUUAGUCACCGGGAAUCUUAUAAAGCAGCAUUAAUUUAAUUUGUUCACAACUUUUCUAUUCAUUUUUAAAAUAAUGUUAAGACAUAGAUUAAUCGUAGAUGCUGUUUAAACACCAUAAAAGAAAUUGUUUAGUAUAUAAGUUUUAAGAUUGCGAAUAAACACAUCCCAAUGAAUAUAUAUAUUAUAUUCAUAAUCUAUCAAAAUGCAAAAAGAAAAAAAAAACAAUACACAGAAUGGAGAUCGAUACACUAUCUCAACAUGAAUGUACUCCUAAUAUCACCAAACAAAAGUUAAAGUAUUCUUAAGAUUCUGUUGAUCUUCUCCCCCGUUAUAUAAUAUAUAAUAGUUUAAUAAUAUCUGAGCGAUUUAAACGAUUGAAUCGUAUAAUUUUCCCAAAUGAAAUUAGGCUCUGAAAGAACGAACCUUUUACUUGAAUUGCCAAUCGACGUUAUAAAAAGAGACAAAACAAAAAAAAAAGUAAAAAUGAAUAAAGAAUGAAAUGAAUUAAAAAAAAAAAAAGAAAAAAAGAUUAUAUUUAGAAUAUAAUAAUCAUAAUUCCCGUUUCAGGAUAUAUUGUAAUAAUGUUUCAAGAAAAAUAACGAAAGAAAGUAUUCGAACUAAUUCCAUAUAAUAUCUCAAUAUCAUGGUAUUGUUUAAAUCUAAUAAUAUGCAUAUUAUUGAUUGCGUAUUAUUUUGGUAUUUCUAAUUUCGUUAGCGUUGCUUACAAUCCAAGUAAAAGGAUUACGUGAUUAUGAAAUUUUCUACAUGAUCAUCGUUCAAUUGAAAUGACAAUUUUGAAAGGAGAACAAUACCGCUCUACGAACAUAUUGUGAAGUACCUUUGACGUUGCAAUAUUACUUUAAAACAAUAAAAAUGAAUAUAGAUAUUUCAUCAAUAUCAUCGUACGAUGCUCUUCGUUCAUAUUUUUAUUUUUCCAAACUGUAAAACAAGAUUUUUUUUCUUUUUAUUAUUAUUAUUAUUGUUAUUCUUAUUCUUAUUCUUAUUCUUAUUCUUAUUCUUAUUAUUAUUAUUAUUAUUAUUAUUAUUAUUAUUAUUAUUAUUAUUAUUAUUAUUAUUAUUAUUACUAUUAUCAUUAAUAUUAUUAUUAUAUCUUUUCGAUUUCGUUAUGUGAAACACAAAUUACGAUAAAAGUUGAAGACAUUUACCCCAAAAAAAUUGUCUUGAUAGAAGAUUUCGAAAGGCGAUACUCAUUCAUCAAUCGAUAAAUGGUUUUUAACAACGACGGAACAAUGAUCAAGAUUCCUGUCACAUUUGUCUUAUUAUAUUUGAAUAUUUUGAAUAAUUUUAGAAAUAUCUAAUCAUAUGAAUAAUCUCAAGAAGCCAAUUAGCUGUGUUAUAUUCAGAAAGGAUACCGAUAAAACGGUUAGUGGUAUAUAUCUUAACGUUUAAAAUUCGAUUUGAACACAAAAUAUUAUAUUACAUAAUAUAUAGUUAAUCCCUUUAACUGUUUAAAUAAUAAAAAGAGAGAAAAAAAAAGAAGAAAAUGAUAACAGAAUGAUUGUGGUAUUCUUAAAUAAGCAGACAGAUUAUUAAGAAUAUUUACAUACACCAAUCAUAUCAAGAUCAUAGCUAAUAAGAUCAGAUGAGGAACAUUGCUAGUUCAUGUAUAAACAUUGAUUGUUCAUUGGCUAAUAUGAUAUUUAUAAAACCAUUUUUAAUCGAACCUACGAAGGAGUUUGAUCGUGCCUUUACGUAAUUUGUAUUGCUUUAGCACGAUAAAAAAAAGCAGUCGCCUUUUCGAUCAUUUAGAUAAAAAGAUAACACGCUGAAAGCAGAAAUUAUUAUCAAUUUAAAAAUGCAUUGAUGUUAACAUUGCCAACGUCAUGAAAAUGUUUCUUUCCUUAUAAAAUUAUUUUCUACAACAACAACAAUAAUAAUAGGAAACCGAUACUUGGAUAACAGUAUUCGUGAAAAUGAUGUUUUAAUUUGAUGACAUUUACAUAUCGCUAAUGAUGAACAUUAUUACAUGAAGAACAACUCCAAUCUUUGUGAAUGACAAAAUUUAAUCCGUGUAUUUUAAAUAAAAACAGGCAGAGAAAAGCAAAUACUUAAAUAUUUCAUAUUAUCUUCUCGAAUUGUAUAAAUGAAGCAAGGCUGCGGACAUGUUUUAUUUAAACGUACUUUUCCUGAUUGACUAUCUACAAUUUCUAUAUCUUAAAGGGUAGUUAUAUGCAAGAGUUACGUAAAAAAAAAAUUGAAAAAAUUAAUAAUAAUCAACGAGACAAUUAUGGUCGAAAGAGAAAAUUAACGAAUACGUAGCCUUUUCCAAAAACGAAAGCUUAGAACAAACAGGUAGAGGGAAUUCUAUAGACAGAACGAAACAUUAUAAUUCUAUAGAAAAACGGUACAUUAUAAUAACGUCAGAAUUUGUAAAAUUUUCUAGUAAAAAUUGUUUAUUUUCAUUAGCGAUAUCGAUCGAUGCCAUAGAAAAAAGGAAACUAAUAUGAAAAAUUGUCGUACGAUUAAAUUGAAUGUAAUAAAUGAACAUUUAAUCGAAGCGUAUUGCAUAAAAAUUCGCGUUACUUGAAAUUCAUAAGAUGUGAAAUUGAAAUUGACGAGUUUGUAUUCGAAAUUAAGAAGAAACUGUACAAAAAGAUCGAAGGUAGUUUAAAAAUGAUCGAUUUCAGCUCUUAGCAAAAAAAAAAGAUUGCAAUAGAUUUCAUUUCCUAUUAUUUUUUUGUUGAUAAUGAAUAUAUAUUUUUAUAGAUGGUAAACUAUUUAUAACAAUGACCGUAAUUCAUAACGUGUUAUACGAACUCACAAAGUACGAAAAUCGAUUAAAACGAAACAAUUGUAAGAUCGUUUCGUUAACGAAAUAUUAUGUCGUUCGCAUUUUGCAAUUAUAAUCGAAUCCAUUGAAUCGAUAAACCGUUGAUUACAAUUGCUACGAAUGAAAUAUCAAUUUUAUUUGUUCGUUUGUUCGUGAAGAAUAAAAAAAAGAGAGAAAUAAAUAAAUAAAUAAAUAAAUAAAUAAAAAAUACGUAUAAAAAAACGUAUCUAACUGGCCGUCCCAUAAAAUGUGGCAAAAAAUGUUAUAAACACUGGAAAGUGUUCUUAAAAAUUUUAAUGACUUUUAGUUACGUUCUAUUUAUCGAAGAAUUCGAUUCUAAGAGAAAAUUAGAACAUCAUAUUCAAUCGAUGAUAAUAUUCUACGAAAACAAUCGUCUGAAGAUACUUUGUAUGACUAUUAAUUUUUUUCUUUUUCUUUUUAAAUCGAAAUAAUUAGCUCAGUUUGGUAAAUGAACGUUGCUAAUGAUUCAUGUUAUUUCUUAAUGUGUAUAACACUCACAAAAUAAUUUUCACUUUUGUUUCGCUUUCUGAUUCCUAUUAUAUCUUUAACUAAAAAAAAAAAAAAAAAAAAAGAUUUAACUUAUCGAUACAUACGAGCAUUUAAGAUAAUUAUACAUGUUCAUUUUUUUAAUUUGGUAUUAUAAUGGGAAAAAAUAUUUUGCAACGGCAAUGGCCUACGUUCGACCGGUUUUUUGUGCAUACCUUAAUAUUUGUCACAUAUGUAUAGCUAAAUAAUAAUAAUCAAUGUAUAAUUAUACUACCUUGCAUAAAAACAAAAAGAAAAAAAAAAGAAAAAAAAAAGAAUUGUCCAGAUUACGCAAAUAAUUAUCGAAAUGAAAGAAAAGUGUCGUGUAAUAAUCAUUGCUUUGAUUUUGCGCAAGUAAAGAUUUUUAGAUGAAUGUGUAUAGACCGAUUUUACGGAGUUUUGUUGUUUAAAUCUUAAGAGUUAAGGAAUCAUCGAUUUUCAUCGAGAAAUCGCGAAAACUUUUAGAGGAUUCUGUAUUUUUGGCUUACACAAUGUCCCUCUUAUUAAAUAAUCCAAGAAAAUAUUACACUUAUUUCUUAAUUAUAUAUACAUACAUUUGAUAUCACUACAAAGAAAUAAAUCAUUUCUCUUACGUUUCAUCAUUGACAAGGGGAAAAGAAAAAAGAGAAACAUUCGAAGAAAAGAAGGAAAAAAAAAGAAAAAUGAUAGAAACGUCAUAGAUACCGUUCACGUGUAUAUAGAAUAAUUAAUACAUUUCGAUUCGUAUUAGCGAGAAAUUUUUAGAUUGUUUUCACAGUGAAUCGAUCGAGAGUGAAAAAUAAUGAACAUAAUACAUUCAUACAUUUGUUAUUAUUUUCGAAAUGUUAUAUAAAGUGAGAAAGAGAUAGAGAGAGAGA